GAUGCCCUGUCGGGAACCCACUGAUAUAUUUCGUAUUCUUAAAAGAAUGAGAAUGAACAUGGACACAUUUUCAUGACGGAUGUUAAAAAGGAUUACAUAAAUUGAAAUGCUAUAAAUAUGUAUCGGAAUUGCUUUUGUCUUCACAUUUUUUCUCUUACACACCACAACUUUAAGCCACCCAUGAUGAUCGCUUUAGUAGCUUUGACCGUGUUUGUGCAGAGUGUGUUUGGAGGAAACCUGGUAGAGGUUUUACAAAACGACGGGGAGACGACUUUAAUAUCUCUUGUCAAGCAAGCCGGUCUGGCUGACGCUCUCUUAUCAGGUAUUUUGCAUGAUAUAGUUAAUUUGUAUUUCAAAAAAUUGUUGUUUAAAUUAUUUUUGAAUACUAAUACGAGUUGUUUUACUAUUACAGGAGAGUACACCAUAUUUGCUCCAACAAAUGCUGCAUUCUCCAAACUUCCCCAGUCUGUCCUUGACGGUCUACAGAGAGAUACCGCCGCCUUGGCAAAUAUACUGAAAUACCACGUGGUCAAAGGUUCCAUUCACAAGGCCGAUGCAUCCAAUGAGCUUCAGUUGGAGACUUUGGCUGGAACCAAAAUCAGAUUUAACAUCUAUAAUCACAAUCACGUGGUGACUGUGGAAGGAUCCAAAAUCACACACUUUGACCUGACCGCCUCAAAUGGUAUGGUGCACGUGAUUGACACUGUAAUGAUGCCUCCUUCAGGAAGCAUUGUGGAUUUGGUGGCCGGCAACAGCGACCUGAGCACCCUUCUGUCUCAGGUCCAAUCAGCAGGAUUGGCCGGGGCACUACAGGGAAAUGCUCUAACGGUAUUUGCACCAACCAACGCUGCAUUUAAUAGACUUGGCAGUCAUGUAUUAAACAAUCUGAAAAGCAACCCACAGCUUCUGAAAGAAAUUCUGGAGUACCACGUCGUUCCUCACACUGAAUACUCAGCUGGAUUGUACAACCGAGAACACCUCGCAACUCUAGAUUCUCACCAUGACGUCAUCAGACUUGGAGUCAGUACUAAUGGUGUUGUUAUUAAUCACCGUGCUCACGUGACAAAAGCCGACAUUAGCGCCACCAACGGUGUUGUACACAUCAUUGAUCACCCACCCAUGAUGAUCGCUUUAGUAGCUUUGACCGUGUUUGUGCAGAGUGUGUUUGGAGGAAACCUGGUAGAGGUUUUACAAAACGACGGGGAGACGACUUUAAUAUCUCUUGUCAAGCAAGCCGGUCUGGCUGACGCUCUCUUAUCAGGAGAGUACACCAUAUUUGCUCCAACAAAUGCUGCAUUCUCCAAACUUCCCCAGUCUGUCCUUGACGGUCUACAGAGAGAUACCGCCGCCUUGGCAAAUAUACUGAAAUACCACGUGGUCAAAGGUUCCAUUCACAAGGCCGAUGCAUCCAAUGAGCUUCAGUUGGAGACUUUGGCUGGAACCAAAAUCAGAUUUAACAUCUAUAAUCACAAUCACGUGGUGACUGUGGAAGGAUCCAAAAUCACACACUUUGACCUGACCGCCUCAAAUGGUAUGGUGCACGUGAUUGACACUGUAAUGAUGCCUCCUUCAGGAAGCAUUGUGGAUUUGGUGGCCGGCAACAGCGACCUGAGCACUCUUCUGUCUCAGGUCCAAUCAGCAGGAUUGGCCGGGGCACUACAGGGAGAUGCUCUAACGGUAUUUGCACCAACCAACGCUGCAUUUAAUAGACUUGGCAGUCAUGUAUUAAACAACCUGAAAAGCAACCCACAGCUUCUGAAAGAAAUUCUGGAGUACCACGUCGUUCCUCACACUGAAUACUCAGCUGGAUUGUACAACCGAGAACACCUCGCAACUCUAGAUUCUCACCAUGACGUCAUCAGACUUGGAGUCAGUACUAAUGGUGUUGUUAUUAAUCACCGUGCUCACGUGACAAAAGCCGACAUUAGCGCCACCAACGGUGUUGUACACAUCAUUGAUCACGUUCUUAUUCCAGCCCGCCAUAUCUUUUCUUCGAUAUUGGGAAGAAAUUGUCUUCACAUUUUUUCUCUUACACACCACAACUUUAAGCCACCCAUGAUGAUCGCUUUAGUAGCUUUGACCGUGUUUGUGCAGAGUGUGUUUGGAGGAAACCUGGUAGAGGUUUUACAAAACGACGGGGAGACGACUUUAAUAUCUCUUGUCAAGCAAGCCGGUCUGGCUGACGCUCUCUUAUCAGGUAUUUUGCAUGAUAUAGUUAAUUUGUAUUUCAAAAAAUUGUUGUUUAAAUUAUUUUUGAAUACUAAUACGAGUUGUUUUACUAUUACAGGAGAGUACACCAUAUUUGCUCCAACAAAUGCUGCAUUCUCCAAACUUCCCCAGUCUGUCCUUGACGGUCUACAGAGAGAUACCGCCGCCUUGGCAAAUAUACUGAAAUACCACGUGGUCAAAGGUUCCAUUCACAAGGCCGAUGCAUCCAAUGAGCUUCAGUUGGAGACUUUGGCUGGAACCAAAAUCAGAUUUAACAUCUAUAAUCACAAUCACGUGGUGACUGUGGAAGGAUCCAAAAUCACACACUUUGACCUGACCGCCUCAAAUGGUAUGGUGCACGUGAUUGACACUGUAAUGAUGCCUCCUUCAGGAAGCAUUGUGGAUUUGGUGGCCGGCAACAGCGACCUGAGCACCCUUCUGUCUCAGGUCCAAUCAGCAGGAUUGGCCGGGGCACUACAGGGAAAUGCUCUAACGGUAUUUGCACCAACCAACGCUGCAUUUAAUAGACUUGGCAGUCAUGUAUUAAACAAUCUGAAAAGCAACCCACAGCUUCUGAAAGAAAUUCUGGAGUACCACGUCGUUCCUCACACUGAAUACUCAGCUGGAUUGUACAACCGAGAACACCUCGCAACUCUAGAUUCUCACCAUGACGUCAUCAGACUUGGAGUCAGUACUAAUGGUGUUGUUAUUAAUCACCGUGCUCACGUGACAAAAGCCGACAUUAGCGCCACCAACGGUGUUGUACACAUCAUUGAUCACCCACCCAUGAUGAUCGCUUUAGUAGCUUUGACCGUGUUUGUGCAGAGUGUGUUUGGAGGAAACCUGGUAGAGGUUUUACAAAACGACGGGGAGACGACUUUAAUAUCUCUUGUCAAGCAAGCCGGUCUGGCUGACGCUCUCUUAUCAGGAGAGUACACCAUAUUUGCUCCAACAAAUGCUGCAUUCUCCAAACUUCCCCAGUCUGUCCUUGACGGUCUACAGAGAGAUACCGCCGCCUUGGCAAAUAUACUGAAAUACCACGUGGUCAAAGGUUCCAUUCACAAGGCCGAUGCAUCCAAUGAGCUUCAGUUGGAGACUUUGGCUGGAACCAAAAUCAGAUUUAACAUCUAUAAUCACAAUCACGUGGUGACUGUGGAAGGAUCCAAAAUCACACACUUUGACCUGACCGCCUCAAAUGGUAUGGUGCACGUGAUUGACACUGUAAUGAUGCCUCCUUCAGGAAGCAUUGUGGAUUUGGUGGCCGGCAACAGCGACCUGAGCACCCUUCUGUCUCAGGUCCAAUCAGCAGGAUUGGCCGGGGCACUACAGGGAGAUGCUCUAACGGUAUUUGCACCAACCAACGCUGCAUUUAAUAGACUUGGCAGUCAUGUAUUAAACAAUCUGAAAAGCAACCCACAGCUUCUGAAAGAAAUUCUGGAGUACCACGUCGUUCCUCACACUGAAUACUCAGCUGGAUUGUACAACCGAGAACACCUCGCAACUCUAGAUUCUCACCAUGACGUCAUCAGACUUGGAGUCAGUACUAAUGGUGUUGUUAUUAAUCACCGUGCUCACGUGACAAAAGCCGACAUUAGCGCCACCAACGGUGUUGUACACAUCAUUGAUCACGUUCUUAUUCCAGCCCGCCAUAUCUUUUCUUCGAUAUUGGGAAGAAAGUAAUUAUUUGAACAAACCAUUACGACAUUUUCACAUUUUUCACCUCAUGCCUUUGUUCAUAGCAUCACACUUUGCAAAUGCUAUCGUACAUUUUGUUAUUUAAUAUGCUUAUUGUUACCCACUGAGUGAAAACACAAAUGUUUUGCAAUAAAUAAUGUCAAAACGGAAAA